CCAACGCCCUUGAACGCGGCUUCGGUGGCCGGGGCCAGGCCGGGUCCUCACGCACGGGGAGUUCGGAGGAGGAUGUUAGCUUCACCGCCGGAGGAGACAACUUGGAGUCUCGAACAAGCACGGACGUCAUAAAGUUAUGGUGGGAAUUCCAGUCAAGAUGGCCAGAGACAAGAAGUGCAUCCUCUGUGAGACGGUCCAUGUCUCCAAGCAGGAGAUGGACGAGCACAUGAGAAGCAUGCUGCACCACCGCGAGCUGGAGAAACUCAAAGGCCGGGACUGCGGCCACGAGUGCCGGGUGUGCAAGGUGUCGGUGGUCAGCCUGACCGACUACGCCGGCCACAUUUCCAGUCCGGCGCACAAGCAACACGUGGAGGCUCUGGAGAAGAAGCCCGCCGGACCGGACCGCCGCGGCGACGAGGACUACUUUGACCAGGCCCUGGUGGACGCCAUCCUCAAGAGGAAGGAGCAAAUACGCAAAGAAAAGGAGGCGGCCGCUGCUGCUCAGCUGGCCAAAGAGCAGGAGGAAGCGAGGAAAAAGGAGUUCCAGCAGCGACUCUGCGAAGCCAAGGAGCGUUACCAGCUAAAUAGAGGUCAGCAGCAUCUGCCACAAGGCUCCGCGUGGCCCACUCAGCACAACUCCUGGAACAGGAAACAACAGCCCGGCUUCCGGGUGGGCGACGCCCCGUACUGGAACAACAAUUACGACGACAGACAAGGAAGGAGCGCCACCUGGCACGCUCAAGCUCCGCCCAACUUCCAGAGAUGGGCACCGGGAGACUUACAGGCCGGACGCUUCCACUCACAGGACGACUGGGGGGGCUCCAAAAAGUGGGAGCGGAGUCCGUUCUGCGAGCAAAGUCGGCUGCCCUGGCUCAGCAACCAAGGCAGCAAUUACGGCAUGUAUGGCAGGAACAAUAUUGCCCCGUGUGCACAAAGUAACCGCCCGCUCCGCUUCGACAGGCCUUCUCUGCUUCCGCCGCCGCCCCAGUUUUUCACCAAAUCUGUUAACAACUUUGAAAGGAAGGUUGAAGAAGGUGUGGCAGCCCAGAGGGAGAAGGUGCCGGCAGCUGACUGCGACCAGCACAGUAAAAUGAGCUUCCGUAGCAACCCAAAACUAAACAAAACAAAAUCUCGUAAUGUCACAAAAGAAGUGGACUCGCAACCGAGUAGGGAUGCCUCAUUGACCCACACCAAAGGGCCCCAAAGCCAGGGAAGAACCUCAGCAGAAGCACAACAGCUCAAAACAAAGCUGAAAAGUAACCCUAAAAGUGAAGAAAAGAGCAAUGGUGGCCGAAUUGCCACAGCUGGUCCUUCCAAUCAUCCUAACUGUGGGGUCUCGGCACAGCCACAGUCAAAGGCCACCACCAAGCAGAUGGGAAUCAAGACCCCUUCUCUUGGACCUCUGCCUUCAAGGCAGGGCCAGAAGCCUCCAGAAUUAGUCAGGAAAGCCAAGUCUGCCUGUGCGUCCGAAAGGAGAUCAUCUUUGGAGGGCGUCAGGCUGGCAGUGGCCUGGCAGACGGAGGGGGAACCCCCCAAUGAUUCGGUGCAGGGUCAGAUUACGCACAAUGACGAGAACAGCUGCCGGCAGAACGGGACGAAGGUCUGGGAAGAGCUUGUGCCGUCAUCAUCUGAGAGCACCCGCUCCCUCCAGUCGUUGCAAGUCAGCACCUCCACCGCAGAGAGGUUGGCGUCCGUUGCCUCAAGCGGCGACGACACGGAAAAGCGCCCGGACAAGGACGCUCUCAUAUCACCGCCUCAGGAUGAGGGUCACAGUUCAGAGAGCGACACCUCCAGGUGUGACAAAGUGUGCCUCAAAGCAUCCGGCGCCUCCAAACCUGACCUGCCUCCCGUUUUCAAACGAGACCUGACCAAGCGCGUCCUGGAGCCCAACCUCAACAUUGCCAGGCGGGUACGCAACCUGAGCGAGUCGCGAAGAAGCGACACAGAGAAGGACUCCGGACUCAAACCAACCGUUCGCCAGCUCAUCAGCUCCUCUGGGGCUCGGCGGAAGGUCAACUGGGAGCAGGUGUACCAGGAAGUGCGGAAGAAGCAGGACAAAGGAAAAGGAAUGCCCAGGUUCGGCAUAGAAAUGGUUCCAAAUGACGCUGGGGACCAGAGCCAGGAGGAAUCUGACCUUGCACUCCUGGAGAAUUUCUCCUGGGAGUCACUGAUGGGCACCUCGCCUCCCGCAGUCUCCCGAAAACGCUCCUUAUCAGAAAGCAGCAUCGCUCCCACGUCCGAGCACUCCCUUUUCACACCCCAAGAGUACAACCAGACCUCAGUCCGACACUCAGAGCAGCAGAGGUCCUCUGUUUCUCCCAAGUCCACCGUCCCCGGGGAGAACGGCAGUCAUCCAGAGCAGAUGUUCAACUUCACUCUGGAGGAAGCCCAGAAGCAGGCAGAUAAGCUGAUGUCAGAGAAGGCUAAGGCUCUCCAGAAUUCCGACGCCAUGCUCGGAGACAACAGCUCCGGAACAGAGCAGAUGGACACUCAGGGGACAGUGAAGAGGCGAAGAACACCUGGGGAUAUUCUGAGCCAAGAGUCUUCAUGUGUGGAACAGGAGAUAAAAAGAAGAAAGAUCAAAUCCAAAAGUGCGGAUCGUUUACAGAUCGACCAGCUGCUCUCCGUGUCCCUGCGCGAGGAGGAGCUGAGUCGCUCGCUGCAGACGGUGGACAGCAACCUCAUCCAGGCCAGGACGGCGCUGGAGGCCGCCUUCAUGCAGGUGCAGAGUUUCAUGGUGGUCAAGCAGCAGAUCACCGCAGAGAUGAGCAGCCUGAGAGAACGGCGCAUUGAGUUAUUAAAAGGGAUGCAAGGCGAAGCACCUCCACUGCGACUGAAAGAGGAGAAGGCCGACCAGGCGGAUUCCUCCUUGGUUGCAUCCAUGUCCUCUCUUCCAAGCGCCGCUGCACCUCCUCCUCCUCCUCGCUGCGCCUCGCCUCCGUCAUUCAGCACCCCCCUAAUAUCCGUCAAGCAGGAGCCCCUCUCCCCUGUGCGGGUCACCUCAGAGUCUGAGCCUUUGGAGGCUGCCGCCCAAGCAGCGCCCACCUCAAUGUCCACCGGAACAAUGUUGUGUCAAGCUGGAGGCGAGUCUGCGGACGUCAAGGACCGCCUUUCGGGAAUGUCGGAGUCUAAGGAAAAGGCGGUCAAGGCGAUACAUCCCCUACACCAGAGCCUGGACUCCAAAUCCUCAGUCAGCAGCAGGAGAAGCUCCGAGACGGGCAGCCUCGCCGAGCGCUCGGCCUUCGAGUUCGAGACCCCCGCGGCCCCCACCGCGGCCUGCGAGCCGGGCGGCGGCAAGCGAGUGAGAAAGCUGAAGAAGAGGAAGGUGCUGGAAAAGGCUCACGGGAGCGUGCGGGCCGAGAGCAGCGACACGGAGAUGGACGCCGAAGCCUCCAGGCCCAGGUGGCUCCGAGGGAACAGGAGGUCCAGCGGCAGCACUCAGGUCAGCACCUCCUCCCUGCCAAGCGGGGGCAGUGUGAAGAUGGACAACGACGAGGAAGUGAGCGGGCCGGGCGGGAAGCCUCUCGAACAGCUCGUUCUCCCCGAGCCGGACCCCUCGGUGCUGACGGAGGAAAAGAUGGACGUGACCGCAGCCGGGACCUCGUUAUCUCCUCCGGCUCGCGUCCCGGACCCGUCCAGAGCCGAGCAGCCGAGCCUGGCGUGCAACGAGGUCACCUCCACCAGCGACAUGGACAUUUGUAAAUCAUCUGAGAGCGAAGUGUCAUUUCCACAGACGACAUGGACGUCUUCCCACACGUCCUGCGGCACGUUCGAGGGCCACCAGGAGGCGGUGAACGCCAUGCAGGUCCACAACGGCCUGCUCUACACCUGCUCGGGAGACCGCACCGUCAAAGCCCUGGACUUGCAGAGCCGCAAGUGUGUCGCCGUGUUUUCGGGCCACACGUCCAAAGUGAGCUGCCUGUUGGUGUCGGCCGCACCCUGCCUGCAGCGCCGCCUGUACUCUGGUUCUAGCGACCAGACCAUCCGGUGCUACAAUCUUAAGACCAAGGAAUUGGAGCAGCAAUUCAGUCUGGCAGACCGCGUCCUCUGCCUCCACAGCCGAUGGAAGCUUCUCUACGCCGGUCUGGCCAACGGCAAUGUGGUGACCUUCGACCUCACCAGCAACAAGCAGAGGGACGAGUUCGAGUGCCACGCCCCGCGGGCCGUCAGCUGCCUGGCGUCGUACCAAGAGGGCUCCAGGCGGAUCCUACUGGUGGGCUCCUAUGACAGCACCAUCAGCGUGAGGGACGCCAAGACCGGUCUGCUGCUGCGCACGCUGGGGGGACACACCAAGACGGUCCUCUGCAUGAAGGUUGUGAACGACAUGGUUUUCAGCGGCUCCAGCGACCAGAACGUCUACGCGCACAACAUCCAUAGCGGCGAGCUGGUGCGCGUCUACAAGGGCCACAGUCACGCCGUCACCGUGGUAACGGUUGUUGGCAAGGUGAUGCUGACCGCCUGCCUGGACAAACUGGUCCGCGUCUACGACCUACAGUCUCGAGAGCAGCUGCAGGUGUACGCCGGACAUUCGGACAUGGUGACCAGCAUGGCGGUCCACCAGAACAAGAUCUACACGGGCUGCUACGACGGCAGCGUGCAGGCCGUGGAGCUGAACCUGUCACAGAACUACCGCUGCAGGUGGCACGGCUGCUCGCAGGUUUUCGGCGUCAUGGAGCACCUGCAGCAGCACCUGGUCAACGAGCACGCGGGCGACAAGGUGCAGACGCUGCGGUGCCGCUGGAGAGACUGCCAGGAGUUCUUCUGCGCCCGCGGCGGCUCCAAGCAGGGGAUGCUCGCACACGUGCAGAAACACGGCGAGGAGGCGGAGCCGGAGCCUUGAGUUCCUCCCCCCCAUAUUGGGCGGGAUAAUUGGGAACGUGUCCACCACUUAACGUUCCAUGUUGGAAUCCAACAUUUAAGUGUCCCUUGCUAUUUUGUUUUUUUCUACGUUCAGACGGGCGUGCGGCGAGCGGCCACCAUGCCCACACCCGCUUUUCCACUGACCAAAUAAAGAGGCCUUUUCCCACCGAGAUAAUGUGAGCGCUGCCGGGGUAGAGAAAGAACGCCGUGCUUCCUAAAGGCCGCACUUGGCGUGCGUUCAGGACGUUUUUAUUGUUGUGACGUGUCUUUGUGAUCAACAUCUUUAUUUGAUUUUAUUAUCAACGUUUUCUUCUCCUAUAAGGCAGAAGACUGGACGGGUGGCGUCUUGUUUUCUUCUCCUAUAAGGCAGAAGACUGGACGGGUGGCGUCUUGUUUUCUUCUCCUAUAAG